UCAGCAGGACCCCCCAGAAGCUGCUCCACUCUCAGGGCAGAAAGUUUACAGAAGCAACAAGAUGUGGAACGAAAAGAAACAAAAGAAACAGAGUCCGCCUGACGACCGUGGUCAUGCUGUAGGCGCCAUCAUCUUCGUGCUCGGUCUGGGAACUCUGCUGCCCUGGAACUUCUUCAUGACGGCCUCUCGGUAUUUCAACCAGCGCCUCGCCUCCCCGAGCAUCACCUCCAACAGCACGUGGAGUGCAGCGACUAAGGACUACAACUAUGACAGCUGGAUGGCCUUGCUUUCCCAGCUGCCCCUGCUGCUGUUCACGCUGCUCAACUCGUUCCUGUAUCAGUGGGUGAAGGAGCGUCUCCGCGUGGCCUUCAGCCUGAGCUCCAUCCUCCUCCUCUUCUCCCUCACGGCUGCCCUGGUCCGGGUCCCCAUGCUGCCGGACACCUUCUUCUCCGUCACCAUGGCAACCAUCUGGUUCAUCAACAUGUUCGGGGCAGUGCUCCAGGGCAGCCUGUUCGGGAUGGUCGGUCUGUUCCCCCCCCGGUACAGCACCCUGUUCAUGAGUGGUCAGGGUCUGGCCGGGAUCUUCGCCGCGCUGGCGAGUCUCCUCUCCAUCCUGAGUAACGCGGGGGAAAGAUCGGCUGCGUUGGGAUACUUCAUCACGCCCUGCGUGGCCACUCUGGGGACUCUGCUGUGUUACCUGCUGCUGCCACACCUGGAAUUUGCUCGUUUCUACCUGAACAGAAGUCAGUCUGAUAACCUGGAGACCAAACAGGAAUUCCUCAGCAGCACAGACAUGAAAGUCUUGAAUGACCUCGAGGUGAACAGGAAGAUCAUCGGGGAGCCGGAGGAGAGCCAGGUGCGCUCGUCCGUCCUGAACGUCUUCAAGAAGAUCUGGCUGAUGGCUGCGUGUGUGACGUGCGUGUUCGCCGUCACCCUGUCGGUGUUUCCUGUGAUCACGGUGCGAGUUCGGACCGUCUACAUGGACAGCGCUGCCUGGGACAACGUGUUCACCUGUGUUUGCUGCUUCAUCGUUUUCAACGCCAUGGACUUGGUCGGCCGCAGCGCCCCGUCUCUAGUCCAAUGGCCUUCGAAGGAGAGCCGUGUGUUUCCCGUGGCCGUGUUGUCCCGUGUGGUCUUCAUCCCUCUGCUCAUGAUGUGUAACGUCCAGGACUCCAGACUCUCCGUCUUCUUCAGCCACGACGCUGCCUUCGUCAUCAUCAUGGCUCUGUUUUCCUUCUCCAACGGCUACCUGGCGAGCCUCUGCAUGGCCUACGCUCCACAGUUAGUGCGGAGUAAAGACUGCGAGACGGCCGGGUCCCUGAUGACCUUCUUCCUGGUUCUGGGUCUGGCGCUGGGAGCGUCUUUCUCCUUCCUACUGGGACAGCUGGUUUAGACGACUAGGGACUAGGAGACAGCCUGAAACUCAAACAAGGCAAAAGCACCAACGUGUGAUGAAAUGUCAGUUUCAUCCUGU